AUGGAUCGCUCGCUCCUUCCUGGACUGCUUCAAUUUGUUUUGGUUGUCGUGCUAUGCGUGGUCAGCGUCGCCGCCGACGAGUUUGGCGUGUGCUACGACUCGUACGACGCGGCCAACAUGGUGACGCAUUUCCGCACGAUUCGCGAGCGCUUUGGGUCCGUCCGCACGUUUCAGACGGCGGUGGGUGGGCAGAACGCAAUCACAGCCGCCGCCAAUACAGGAUUAAAGAUCGCCGCGGGUGUCUGGCUCCUCGGGAAUCGGUACCAAAUCGAUUUGGACGCUGCAAUUGCCGGCACUAGAGCCAACCCGAAUGCGGUCCAAGUCAUCUUUAUUGGAAACGAAGAGCUGCACCAGGGGUGGAGUGCCGACACGCUCGCGUCCGUCGUACAAGACGCUAAAUCAAAGCUCGCCGCCGCGGGAGUUCAUGUUCCCAUCGGCAUUGCGCAAACCGACGGCGAUUUGCUCGCGAAUCCGUGGCUCGCCGACCAAGUAGACGUCGUCGGCGCCAACAUCCACCCGUUUUUCAGCGAGGGUCCCGACUCGAAGACAGACCCAUUUCAGGAUUUCAAGCGGCGGUGGCAAGCGAUCGUGUCCAAGUUUGGGGACAAAGCCCGCAUAACUGAAGUCGGAUGGCCCACGAAAGGAGGCUCCUUCCUAGGCCAUCCCGCAGAUCCUGCCAUGUCUGAAAAGCUCUACAACGAUGUCAAGGAAUGGCAACAGUCAACUAGAGUCGACACGUAUUACUUUAUGUUCCAUGACAACCUGGGCAAAAGCGGGUUUGAGGGGCACUUUGGCCUGGCUCGCCCCAGCGGUGAAUGGAAGUUUGGUGGCGGUCAUAUCAACCCACCAACGGAUGCUCCGUUCACUCGCCCUCCAACAACUUCUGCACCUCCUGCGCCUACCACAUCAUCCCCCCUACACCUACCCAUCCUCCACCACCUCCACCUACAGCGACCCCCUCACUGGCUCCUCCUACCACCGCUCCCCCUGCUACGACCGCAACAUCCCCCACAAACAUCGCAUGGCCCACUACUUCACUUGCACCAACCACAACAGCCCCGCCAAUGA